UACAAUACUCGUACUAGGGUAAUAAACAAAAUAGACGGAGUGCAAGGUUAAAAAACAAUGUUAUUAAAAAACAGACAUCCUCCCUGWACUACCAGGGAAGAAUUUUUUUACAGGAUAAGUUAUGAAUGACGGGCUUUCGCAGGAAGCUCUUCCUGAGAUAGCAUUUUGCUGUGGUUCAUCCGAGAAGAUUCGUCACRWGUUCGCACGCUUUAAGGGGUUUGCCACGCGAUCUUCGCAAUCUUGGUUUCGUCUCUUUUGGUUGUGGAACCGGUCUUCGCCGCCCGUCUCGGAUGGACCAACCGAGGAAAGGGAUCGGUGUGCCAUCRGGAGACAGAGAGRGCUUGAAGGGCAGACCRUAGCAAGGGAAAACGGUCUUGUUUGGGAACCGGGGGCGGCGACCUAAGAUCCAAAUCUCGUUCAGAAACACGGAUUGGCAUCGAAACGGUCGAAGACCGCAGACGAACCGGCGAGGUGCGGGGCAGGCGGCGGGUCUGGUGCCGGAGGGAACGAGGCACGGACCGCAGUGGUGCAUSGGGGGCAGUAAGCUAGAAGGAAAAAGAGGCCGAGGAAGAGGGCCAAUGAUCCGUUGGCUCGGGGUACCGCAGGAGCACGUCGACCUGGGUCCGAAGAGGGGUGCCCUACAGAGAGGCUUCGAACGGGGUUGGUUCAAUGGCUGUGCAUGACCAGCAAUAGUAAAUAUAUGACACGGAUUUUCGAUGGGGAAGCCAUCUACCUGAAUCUGAAGAGGGAGUCCUUGGCRAAGGCUUCAGCRGAGGUGAAGAAAUGGGUGGUAUACCGUCGGCAACGGAACACGGAACACARACGUCGAGUACUUUCUGCGUUGAAAAAGAAUGGAUCCGUCGGCCUCUGAACAGAAGAGGGGGUCCUUUUGCCAAGGCAUYUGUUGAGGCGAGGCCCAUCGACGUGUAUCGUUAAAAGAUGAUUCAGUAGUCUUCCAGAGGAAGAUCAGAAAACKUGGGACAUCGAAUCGGAAGAGGGGAUCCUUGCGAGAAGGCUUCGGAUAAGAUGGGGACCGGAAAAAAUCAAUAAAGCGCGUCGUAAGGAGGGAUCCUUGCGAGAGGGCUUCGGAUAAGAUGGAGACCGGGAAAAUCRAUGAAGCGUGUCGUUAGGCUGAGGAUGAGAGCUUUCGACAUCGCAUCAGAAAAAAUGGCAUCCUACACCUCAAUACAAAGAAAGGUUCCUUUAGUUGAGACGUCGGUGAAGGACCAUAGAUGGAAUCAAUGAGACGUGAAACGAGGCAGAGGAAAAGGGCCUACACACAUCUCAAAGGUUUUGGUUCGAGAUCUCAUUUAGAAGAGGGAUUCCUUGGAUGAAGGCUUCUUUUGAAAUCGCAGUCGUAGGAUUACGUCGAACGCAAGGGAAUAUUGAGAAAAGGUUGGGACGAGGAACGACCUCAACCCUGACUCGGUGCAUGGGGCUGUCGGUUUUGAUAGGAAGGACAAAGUGGUAUGUAGUGGGUGGGAUGCGAAACAUGAAAGAGGGUCGAGAAGGGGGACCUUCCAAAGAAUCGCCAAGGAUUCCUACACUCUCAAAGAAAGCUGCUUGCAUGGUGGUGCUUUGUACACAAACUGAAGUCGAGUUAGGCCGCAAGUGAGGAAAGAACUUCGGCGUAAAAUCGAUGCAUGGGGUUGUCUGUGCCCAAAAGCAGACAGCGGCGUGUAGUGGGUGCACGGUGAGCGAUGAAACGCGAAGAAGGCCGAGGAAGAGGACCUCUCGCAGAAAAACACGGUCUGUGCUGAUCAAAGCUGCCGGCAARGUAGCGACUGGAGCUUCAAUCGUCAAAAAACCGUARGAUAUGGUCGAGGAUGAGGACCAGAUAGUUUUGUAGCUUCAGUGCUCGCGAGGACGGAAUCCAAGAGGGAGGASCACUACGCCAUUGUCGUUCGGAAUAUCCGCAGCUGAAAUGCACUGACAAAACAGACAACCGACCAAUAAACCUCAACAGAAUCUAAAAUGAUUCGUUAGGAAAAUACAUUCCGGUGUAUUGC